GGGUAUUUCAAAUUCGCUGCGCGAUCAACUUGGCAGUGGCGCUUUCGUUAUUUUGCGGUAAUCAAGGGCGGUUUCGGUAGUUUGCUGCAACUUGUUUACUCUUUUUUCUCCUUCUCCCCCCAACUAUUGACGAAGUCGUUUCUGCAAAUUUUCUUCUCGAUCUUUCUUCGAGGGGUCUCUUGGAGUUUGGAGAAGAAUCAGAAGAUGAAGAAGAGUUGCGAGCUCUGUCAAGGUGUAGCUAAGACUUUUUGCGAGUCCGAUCAAGCCAAUCUGUGCUGGAACUGCGACGCUAAGGUGCACUCGGCCAACUUUCUCGUGGAGCGUCACUCGCGCUUCCUGCUCUGCAACGUUUGUCACUCGCCGACGUCGUGGUCGGCUUCCGGCGCAAAUCUCGGAUUCGCGGUGUCCUUGUGCGGAUGCUGCGUUGCAGAUACUGGAAGACGGAGGCAGGAGGCGGAGGAGAGCCAGGGAGAGAGCCGCGUCGAGGAACCAGGAUACGAAGAUGAUAAUGAUGAUGACGACGACGACGAUGAAGAGGAGGAUGAGAUCAGUGAUUCGGAGGAUAUUCAGGUGGUUCCGUGGUCAUCAACGCCGCCGCCGGCGAUUUCAUCAAGCAGCAGCGAAGAUUCAUCCCGCGACGGCGAGGAGGGAGAAGUUUUCCUGAAACGAUCGCGUGAAACCAAUCCAGAUCCCUUCUCUGAUGAUGAUCGUGGAAGUUCAUUGUUACGGGAAAACUCCUGUAAAUUGCCGCCGUUGGCGACGGCUUCGGCUUUUGCUGGCUCAUUGUCAACCGGUAUGACAAGACCCAUGAAGAUCCGGAAACGGGAAGAUUGCCAAAUGGGUCGGUUUGUAUAGAUCCGCCGCCGGAAAGAUGGGAUGAUCAGUUUGGAUUUUGAUUCAAUUAUUUUAUUUUAUUUUUGAUAAUUUAUUUUCACAAUUUUUUUUGCCGCUUGUAUGCAUGGGCAUCGGUUAGGAGUAGAUGGAUUUUAGUUACUCAGCUGUCAUGUAUUUUUAUUUACAAUUAACUUUAUGUUUAUCUAUGAAAAAUAGUUAACAAAUAUAAAAAUACGAUAUUUUAUUACCA